UAAUUAAACAAUCACUUAAACAAUUCAAACGACUGAGUUAAACGUGGUGCCGCUUGCAAACAAAACCGCGGGACGGAUUCGGAUAUUUAACAAAUAAAAUAAAAUUAUAUUCGGCAAAACUACCUUCUAUCAGCGAGUGCAAUUCAAAAAGCUAGUGAGGGAGAGUUAAAAAAAAAAUAUAGUAUGUUUUAAAAAAAAAAGUUAUUGAUAUGUUGGCAUAUAGAUAGGUGGAAGGAAAAGUGGUAUUUGUUUAUUAGUUCACUCAAUCAAACAACACAAGAUUAUUGUUAAAAAUGUGGAAAUACUUUCAAAUGUUAUUGCUUUUAAUGGUACUGCUUGCACACUGCCACCAUGCGAUGGGAGAUGGUAUAUGGGAUUAUGCUGUAACCGCAAAAACCAAAAUAAUCUUUUACGAUGAGCAUUGGAGAGAGGUUACAUCGUCCGCUCACCAAUUUGAUUAUCUAUCGGCCAUUGCUUUCGAUGAGACAGAAGAAAUUGUUUAUUUUGCGGAUCGGCUUCACAACAAUGGCAGUAUAUUUUCACUGAAACUACCUCGCGGUGGCUCAACAGACGACACUCACAUCAUUGAAACUAUUGUCCACCGCACACAAAACGAAACAAUAUCUAGCAUUGCCUAUGAUCCGUUGGAUCGAAAUGUUUACUGGGUGGAUCAAAGAAGCAAAAAGAUCUACAUAGCAUCAAUUGGUAGAAAGGAAACGGAAAGUCCAAAAGUUUUCAUGGAUUUUGCAAAAGAAGAAACUUUGCCCGACGGCAUUGGCAUAGAUUUUUGCCGUCGAAAGCUUUAUUGGACAAAUUCGAAUUUUACUAAUGCCACUAUUGAACGCAUUGAUCUGAGUGGUCAUAAUCGCAAAGUGAUAGUCAGUACUGAUUUGUAUUUACCACAUGGCAUUGUGGUAGAUCAACUAUCGGAUCGCAUAUACUGGGUAGUCGACCAACAAGGUGCACAUUUCACAGUGGAGAGUGCCAACCUGGAUGGCACUGACCGUCGCAUAGUGGUUAAAGGUAUAAACAGUACACCAUUUAAUUUGGCUGUGACAAAGGACUUGAUUUAUUGGACUGAUCAAAGGCACAACGCCGUCUUUACUCACACAAAAGUGGCCAGCGAAAAAAAAAAUCAAACUGAAGAAGGCGCUAAGGAGGCAACAAACCCCCAUAUUAUAUUCAAGCUACAGGAGAAACCAAGCGGCAUUAUAGGCCGUUCUCGUUAUAUGACCACCUUAAAGCAGGACGACCAUUGCAGUGGAGUAGUGAAUAAGAUUAAAAGGCGACUCUUGGACUCUAACAUUGUUUCUAGCAUAAAUAACAAUCCCUCAAAUAUGACCCUUUUGCAUCGUGAUUAUUGUCUUAACGACGGUGAAUAUAUUGCACAAAGCGGCAUCUGCAUUUGUAAAGUAGGAUAUGUGGGAGCUCGUUGUGAAACCAAUGAAUGCCACAAUUAUUGCAUGCAUGGCACUUGCACCAUGUCUUCCACAGGACAGCAAAAAUGUUCUUGUCAACAUGGUUUCUAUGGAAAACGAUGUCAAUCAUCCAAAUGUUCGGGAUACUGUUUGAACGAGGGUGAAUGCAAAAUCGAUAAUAAUGGCGAUCCUAUGUGUGAGUGUACUGACAAUUUUAGUGGACAACGAUGCGAUCAAAAUUCAACGGAGAUUUGCUCCCUAUUCUGCAGGAUAUUGAAGUAUGACUCAGACACAUAUGUACCCUUUGGAUGUCAUGACAUAUGCGAAGAACUGGCAUCGGCCAAUGAGGAAACAGCUCGUCUAUACGCUAUACCGACGUAUAAACAUCUGGAGGUGUGCAAGGAUCAGGUGACAUGGACAAAUACAAUCAUAAUUGCACUUGUAGCAGGUGUGGUGUCAUGUCUGUGUUUGGUCCUUCUAAUUGUCCAUGGUGUACGACGUUUCUACAAGCCUGCAAGGCCAAGGAUAAAGAAAACUUUUGUGGUACGCAGACAACCAGCUGCCUCUUCCGAUACACCCUUAACAAAUCGGCCAAUUGCUACGGAGCAAUGUGAAAUUACAAUUGAAAAUUGUUGUAAUAUGAAUUAUUGUGAUACGCCUUGCUUUGAUCCCAAAAUGGUACAACAAACACUUUCCAGGGACAACAAUGCCAAAGAAGACAAAAAGAUUCUAAUACACAACAUGGAGGAUGAUCUUUACUAAGGUGGGUCACUAACCUAUUUCCACGAAACGGGCGCUUUAAACUCACGUCGCCCCACAAAAGAGGCCUUAUAACAUAGAAUCAUUGCCAUUUAUCUUGAAAAAGAGUAGCUAAGAUGUACUUAAACAUUUGUCCAUACAAGAAAAUCUUCCAGAAAAGCAUCUCAAAACUGGUUUGGUUAUAAUUAAAUUUACAAAGAACACGAAAAUAUGUACACAGAUGUGACUAGACUGGACCGAACAUAUUUUGUGUGUAAUGAUUGAAGAUUAUGAAAAGCUUUCCAAAGACACUUUAAUUGUAAAUAAUAGUAUUGGUUUAUAAAGUAAAUUUGCAUCAGGCCGACUUCUUUGUGUUCUUAACUUUCUAUAGGAAAUUUGUUUUUAUUUUUCAAAAACUAUUUUUUGCUGACAUUACACGCAUCUAUUUUUCCUUUUUACUGACAGACAAUCAGUUUGUCCGUUAUGCCACGGGUUUACUUAAUUUAGUUCAAUUAUUAUUCUUAUGACUGAUGUUAAAAAAAAUAUUUAUAAUAAAUAUCAUAUAUUUGCAUACAUGUAGCAUAAAUGUAUACUGAAAAAAGAAAAAAAAAAUUUGCACAAAUUUUUGCAAGUAAAACCAAAAACAAAAAAAUGUCUGCUUAAAGCAAUAAAUCUACAAAUUACAUUAGAAAAGACAUACAUACAUGGUGUUCUAUGUACAUUGGACAUGCGUACACUGCACAAUUACUUUCAUCAUUGAAUUCAAAAGUCUUUCUUUUAAUACAAGUAGCGCUAAACGGGAUUGGAAAAACAGAGGUUUGUUUAUUUUAUUGGUUUUUAAAACGUUUUUCAAUCGAAAUAAAAGAACAAUGAAAAAAAAAGACGAAAGUUCAGCUCAAACGAAACUAACCCAUGUCAAGCAAAGAAAGGGAAAUUUUCAAACGACCAUUUCUUACAUUACUGGCAGCUAACAGAUCAAUGAAACUCCCACUGCAACUAAACUAAACCUCUUCUAUUUCCAUUCUCUUAGUAAUGCUCUAUUUGUUUAAGUUAUAAUUUGUUUAAAAUGUGAUUUGAAUUACUUAAUGGAAAUACAUAUGUACAUAAUUACUAAAAGGAAUACACUGGAUUGCAAUAGAGAAGCAACAGACUUUGUUUAUGAAUUCAACAGUCACCAUAAGCUGACUAAAUGUAAAUACAUACUCUUUACUUUAAAAAAAAGUUCCUUUUCUUAAUUAUCGACACAUCGACACUAUGUCCCAAUAUCUGCAAUUAGUAUACAUCUUGUUUAUGUUCCCUAUUAAUUUUGUAUCUGAAAAUUGAAUUUUUUAUCCUGCAAUUAUGUUUUGUGAUUUAAUGAGUUGUUACUGCCGCAGCAAUUUUGAAAAAUAGUUUAUUUUACCUGUCUAUGGUCAUACUUUUGCCAUUAACUACAUAUAGACAACAGAAUGAUGUCACAUACUAACUAGUAUCAUAGUCAUUUAUAUUAAGGAUGGAGUAGCUAUAGAUUAGUUUUACAUUUAGUUACGUUUUAAGAACAAUAAAUUGAAGUUAAAAACAAA